UAGUUGAUUGAUAUGCGAAGAAGAUAAGGAAAAUUGGUGAAGGAACCCUAGUAAAUGGGGAGAGGAAAGAUUGCUAUUCAAAGAAUCGAAAAAUCGACGAGCCGGCAAGUAACUUUCUGCAAGAGAAGAAAUGGAUUAGUGAAGAAAACUAGAGAGCUAUCAAUUCUCUGUGAUGCUGAAGUUGGACUCAUUGUGUUUUCCUGCACGGGCAGGCUUUAUGAAUACUCAAACACAAGUAUGAAAACAAUUAUUGAGCGCUUUAACAAGAAAAAUGAGGAUCAUCAUCGACUUAUGGAUUCUACUGCGGAGGUCAAGUUAUGGCAGAGAGAAGCAGCAAACUUGAGGCAACAACUGCUGCAUUUUCAAGAAUGCCACAGCCAACUGAUGGGUGAAGAACUUUCUGCUUUGGAUAUUGAUCAGCUGAAGCAUCUGGAAGAUCAAUUGGAAACGGGUUUGAAGAAUGUUCGCACAAGAAAGGAUCAAAUGUUUAUAGAUGAGAUCAAAGAAUUACAACAAAAGGGAAGCCUCGUUCAGCAACAAAAGGAAGAACUUCUUAAAAAGAUAGACCUUAUCCACAAAGAAAAUGCAGAACUAAAAAAGGUUGUUGAAGCAAGGCGUGCAGAAGAAAAAGAAUCACUGAAUCCUUCACAUGCUAUCAGCAAUGGAUAUGAUAAACUUUACCCUAACAGUCUGCAACAAAGCCAGUCUCAGCCUCAACACAGGGCACCAUCGGAUGAAGCGAUCAUUCUGGGGUAUUCCCUCAAAUUGAAGAUAUAAAAAAUAGUUUAACGUGCAUCUGAUGUAAUAUAUUUUGGAGAAAUCGCUUUUUUUUUGAAAAAUUAAAAAAUCUUUUAAAAAAAGAAGGGAUUAUUCUCGAAAUUUAAACUUUACUAUAAACAUGCUGUAAGUCUAUAGAUUUUUAUCCUUAUUUUUGUUAUAAAGUAAGAAGCUAAAGUGUGCACUAGUCUAGAUUACAGCUACAUUGGUGAAAACUGGUUCGAUAUCGAUCGAUCGAUAUUAUUUAUAAAUCUGUA